CUCCAGGACCCCCAUUUCGAUAGUUCGAAAGUGUCCACUCUGGGUGAUAUACCGACUGCAUGGAUGUGGGCUUGGGUAUCACAGGUAGCUAAGCCGCCGCCGUCGAAAAAGAUCAUCGAGAAAUAUUCGAACAGAGUUCAGGACGUUCGCAAUAUCCGCUUGUUUGCCAGUGGGCUCCCUGACAACUUCCCGAUCAAGGGCGAUUACCUGGUGAAAACAAAUUUGGCUGCCCUCCUCACUGAUUGUCACGAGUUUCGAGGGAACUUGCUCCAUAAUUUCUUCGGGGAUGCGACGGGCGAGUUCGACAAGAUUGACUACCAGCGUGGCACGGGCGUGUUCAAAUUCGAAGUCAUCCCCGACACAGACCGCGCGCAGAAUGUCAUUUUCCGCCCGAAGGGCAAGACAAUCAACAUCGCUGAGAAAUGGAAGGAGAUUUCAUUGACCAUGGACACCGUCAUCAGUAACAAUUGGGAUGACAAAAGCGCUUCUUUGACAGUUCUGGGCGUGAAACACCCUCUCAUCAAGAUUUUCGAUAUCAAGCACCCCACCCUGCAGCAUCUCGAGACGACAUGCUACGCUUGGAUCGCGAAGCGUCUCGAGGCGAUGCAGGGGCCAGCCGUCGCGGUUUCGGCAGAGAUCGCUGGGGCUGCCGCCAAGAAACCGAAAAAGCAGAAGCCUGAGGAAGCAGCGGAUGAGGACCUUAUGCGUUAGCCAGCUCCGUUUUCCCAUGGUUGCACAACGUGCUUCCAUUGUCUAGCCGAGCUUUACAGACGCUCGAUGGGCUCAGCGCUGGACUCGGGGGGAGGAGGGGAAGGAGGACGGGGAGGAGGAGUUCGGUCCCAUCCCCCCCUCUGUCGCGCGAGCUGCCGCCUGCGCGAGUCCGAGGCGACGCGCCGCGCAACGUGGCGCCGCUGGCUGAUCGGAGGGCAAUCUUCCGUCGGCGCAGCGCUUUCAGUAGGAAACGUGGAGCCCCCCUGCAGUGUCAGAAUAUGCGGGUAGUUCUAAGCUGCUGGGCUGGCUCUUCGCAGAUCGAUCGAGCGUGCGAAAUAUCUAAUGUCAUGGCUGAAAUGACACUCCGCUGAGCGCCUCGCGGCACGGUGUCCGACCUUCGUCAGGCCUUCCUCUCCACAUUUCACCCGUCUUGAGUUCGUUCGAGCCGCGGGCAAUGGGUGCAGCCCCGUCAUUAAGACAAAGUUUCAAAGGCCCGCGCGGAAGUCUGGGAUCGGCGCUUGAGCCCCCUGGCGGCGUCUCCAGCGCAGCCCCUGGCGCGCUCCGCGAAGGGGCAAGGGCCGAUCCAAAAAGUCCGCGCGGGCCUCCGAAUCAUCAUGUUAAGUAAUGCGCGAUGCCUCCACUAAAUGCGUUUGAAGUUGGCAUGCAGACCGUAACUUCUCUUGGAUUGCCGAAGCACAAGUUCAGUAUGCAUGCUAAGUGAACCGCAAAGCAACAUCCUCCCCCCUUUCAUCAUGGCGCUGGCCGUUGCAGCGCUCAACCUGCCGAGGCGAGAAUUCGUUUGUGUAUGCUCGGAAACGUGGGGGCGACAGUAGCAGUCAGGGUCCGACUGGGCAGGGCUCGAUCACCAUGCGGAGCGAUAUACAGAGAAAGCUAUCCACAUCUUGUUAGAUCCAGCUUUAGGAGCCCAUGCUGACCAGAUCGUGAGCGGUCUGUGCAGCAACGGUGCCCACGACGAGAACAUGAAUGUGCAUCUGGUCAGCGACUGUUUGAUGAUUUCGCUUGCACGUAUCUCCUUGCACAGUUUCAUCAAGACGCGUUGGCGUCGAUUGCGUAGCCGUUUUGGCUCAAGCUCUUCGUGACCACUAAACUCUUUGCGCCUGUUCUCGCCCCCGGGCCCCCCGUGGACAUCGGCAGCCGAUGGCCGCCGUGGCGCAGCCUUUCGAGCAGCAGGCGAUGUCGCAGACGCCUCAGGGGCCCGGGUGGAUGCCGCAGACCGCCGAUCAGAACGGCAAGGCCGUCGGUGCGCGGGUGCCCCCUUCCUUCUGUGCAAAAGUGUGCUACCCACCGUGCGCCAUGUCCGGGUACGAGCACGGCGACCCCACCCUGGGCAUCUUUGAAGGCAAGGCCCUUUGCGCGCUCAUCCUGGAGCUCCUCUGCUGCAUGGGCUGCGUCGUGAGCCUUUGCUUCUGGCAGCCCGACCCCGAAAACAUUAAGGGGGAUGGCACGCAGCGCACCGUGGAGCAGAAGUGCCUCGCCGGCUUCUGCGUCGGCUUCGUGGCCAUCUCGUUCUGGGAGAACGGCGAUUUCUGCUGCGGACCGGACGGCGAGUGCACCUGGUGCACCGAGGAGUCGGUGAAGGGCUGCCUCUUCCACUUCAUCCCUGGCCUGGUCUCGCUCCCGCCCUUGGACUGCUGCUACGUGAUGUGCUGCUGGGAGCCCAACGGCCGCUUCUUCCGGCGCUCCCUCGGCAACCACGGCGGGGGCGCCGCCGUGGUGGGCGCCCCGGUGCAGACGGCCGAGGGGAACCUCCCGUUCUGGCAGGUGCAGGCGGCGGGCCCCGCCGCCGUCGUCGUGGGCCAGCUGGCGGGCCCGCCUCCGGGCGGGCUCGCCCCGCAGGGCGGCGGGGGCGGCGUCGGCACGGCCGCCAGCAGCGCCUGCCACACGCCGAAGUGACGCCAUGGGCUUCCAGGCCUCCCCUGCAGAGGAGGAAUCCUCCUCAUUCUCCUCCUCCUCCUCCUCCUCUUCCUCCUCCUCCUCCUUUCCUUCCUUUGUAUGUUUACGGCGUGGUUUCUCUUUCUAUCCAGGCCUCCCCAAUUCGAUCUGAGCAGGCUCGGGGAAGCGCAGGGCUCGAGUCUGCCAGACCUCGGGUUUGCCGACGCGGCCUGGCGAGCGCGUCCUGGACUUUAAAAAGGUCUGGUCUUCGGGGGAUGUCUGCAGCGGGAGCUCGCUUCAAAUUUUUCAUUGCUUCUCGUCAUUUUCAUGCUCCACGGUAACGAGUGCCCCCUGCCGUCAACCAGGUCGGAUGUGACGUUUGGGCGGUGGCCUCGUGGACAGCUAAGUCUGCCACCGGGGACUUUUUUUAACAGGCGCCCACGUGCACCACCCUGCGCCUGUGAGCGUAAUUGCGGCUGCGCGUGGCGUGCACGCUGCUCUGGAUAGGAAUUUGCAGCACCCUUUCCGUGCUUUCGCGACGCCCUGAGGUCUGGGCAUGCGCGCGAUCGCGCGAGAAGGCUGGGGGCCCGCGCACCGAACACGGCGCAGUGCCGGCUGCCCGGGCCCCCCCGCCUCCCUGUCCUCGUCCGCCUCCCCCUCCCAUUUGGGUUUGCUCCUCGCUCCGCGCUCUCUGCCUCUGGCCCCACCGCGCGUGCCUCGCUUCUCGCGUCGGGGCGAGAAACGCACCGUCUUCUCCCGGCAGGGAGGCGGGGCGUGCCGCCGUCCGCCGGUUGCGUUUCUUUUUGAUGAUGAUCGGUGGCCCACGGCAUCAUCUCCCAUGUGUCAAAACUUUGGUGGCCUGGGGCGUGCAGAGUGUUGCUAGCGGUUG